AUGACCAAGUUCAAAAACUCAACCACCGUCAAAGACGGCUUGGUUCUGCAGCAGGUGGUCCUCACGAAUUAUACCUUGGACUCCUCCUUGGUACUUCUUCCGGGAAUCAUCUACAAUGUGAGCUUCUCACGUUUUAAGGCGGCUGCUUUGCUUUCACGUUUCCGUGACAAAGUAGAUUCUGUGCCUUUGGUGAAGUCCCUUUUGUCAGAAUAUGAUUUUGACUCUGCCGCUUCAGAGUCGUCUGCUAUCACUCAGGACGCUUUUGAUGGUAUCCAGCACUUCUACAACAUGGAGCAACAGACCAAAACCAAGGGCGUUCCAGAGGUCCACAACAUCCAGCCCUCUUCAGAAUUUGACUGGCUUGUUCUCGCAGUGUCCCCCAAUUUGAGUAAGAUCCCUAACCCCAAAUCUCGCUCUGGACUGGCUGCAGACUCCUCGGAAACUGCCACUAUAGUCCGUAUUGUGGGUAUUGUGGACGACACUACGAACGUGAAGCUCACGUUGCAGGCUCUUCAGCGUGCUACCAAGGUUCCAGGCUUCAAGCCGAAGAAACCCACGGAAGCUUUGCUCAAAGUUCACUGGAAUGAUAAGUUGGACAACCCUGCUAGUCAUUUGCAAACGCUCAAGUCGUCAACGCACAUUUUGUUUAAUGCUAUCGACCGCUUCGUGACGGAAUACCGUCAAGCGAUGCAAAACGCCGGAAAGAACCAAGAUAAGAAGAGUGAUUUGCUAACUUUAAACCCGUUGGCAAAUGCCUUGUUCUUGCAGCUUGCUGGCUCGAAAGAUUUUUCUAAGGCUUACCAAAGUUUGCAGAAGAUCGUGAACAGUUUGACUACAGCGGAGAAGUCCAAUCCACGCAACUUGCUGCGUAUAGUAGAUUUGACCGCUGCCAUCAUCCCGUUCCCCAAUCACGAGAAGCUCAAGAUGCUCGGUACCACAGAGUUGAAGGACAGAGUUGUCGAGAUCAACGUCAUGAUCAGCAAGAUGUCCGAAGUGUUCGGCGCUCUCAAGGAGAACAAUAAAAUGGUCAACCACUGGUUCUACAACGAGGCUUCCAACAUCCAGAGGGCCAACAUGGUUGCCAACCAGCUUAAGUCCAUUCGUGUCGUUCUCGAGGGUCUCACACAGAAGGGUAACAGCAACAACGCAAACAAUAAUGCCAACCAGCGGGCCCUUGUUCGCAAGAACGGCGCCGGACCGAUUUCUUCGAGAGGUAGCGCCAGUAAUCCGGAGUCCGUUGGUGAUGACGAUGAAGGUGAUGAUGACGACGAUAUUCGGGCAAUCGCUAACUUCAUCAAGAAUAGACUACCUGAGAUCACUUCCUUGAGUGAGGAUAGCAAGCGCUUAAUUACCAAAGAUUUCAAGAGAAUCAAGUCUUCUCCUCCAGGCAACGCUGAUUUCCAUGUUAUUAGAAACUACUUGGAGAUUGUCAUGGACAUGCCUUGGGACAAGUUUGUUUCUAAGUUCAAGUCGAACAAAGACAUCAACAUUGUUGAGGCCAAGCGUCAGCUUGACGAAGAUCACUACGGCUUGGACCAUGUCAAGAAGAGACUUACGCAGUAUCUUGUUGUCUUGAAGCUUUUGGGUAUCAAUGCCGACAAGGAAUAUGAGAGAUUGGGAAUCAAGGAAGCUCAACGUGAGAAAGAGUUGCAGGCCCAACGUGAAAACAGGAAGUUCACCAGAGAAUCUAACAAUGGCGAGGCCAUCAUAAUUCCAAACAGCGACGAGACCAGACGCUCAAAGGAACAGGCCGACAGUCGGAUCAAGAAGUCUAAAGAUAUGACCAGUGCUAAGAAGGAGAGGGAGGCUAAAGAGCUACUCGCUUCCAAGAAUAACAGGUCUCCCAUCAUCAUGUUGGCUGGUCCUCCUGGUGUUGGUAAGACUUCGCUCGCCAAACUGAUUGCCGGCACUUUGGGAAGAAAGUUCCAAAGAGUCUCUUUGGGAGGUGUUAGAGACGAAUCCGAGAUUCGUGGUCAUAGAAGAACCUAUGUUGGUGCCAUGCCUGGAACUAUUGUCCAGGCGUUGCGUAAAGCCAAGUCCAUGAACCCUGUCAUUCUUCUUGAUGAAAUCGACAAGGUUGUUGGUGGAGCAAGUGGUGGUGCUAAAUUUAGCGGUGACCCAGCUGCUGCCUUGCUUGAGGUACUUGAUCCUGAGCAGAACAACAACUUCAUGGAUCACUACUUGGGCUUCCCCAUCGACUUGUCACAGGUCAUUUUCAUCUGUACCGCUAAUGAGCCUUACAACUUGUCUAGACCCUUGCUCGACAGAUUGGAGAUGAUCGACAUCGGUGCGUACGACUACAGUGAGAAACUUGUCAUUGGUCAGAAGUACUUGUUGUCGAGACAAACCAAGCGUAAUGGUUUCCCUGAUGAGAACUUGGUUAGCAUUGACGACGAUGUGAUGAAGAAGAUUAUUCUCGACUACACUAGAGAGGCUGGUGUGCGUAACCUUGAGAGACAGUUGGGUACUGUUUGUCGGUACAAAGCAGUGGAGUUUGCGGAUAGUCUCAACGACAGCAAAUUGCAGUACAACCCUCGUGUGGAAGAGUAUGAUUUGUCGAAGUACCUUGGAAUGCCAAUUCCUAACUUGAACAAUGAGAUCGUUGAAGUGCCCAUUCAGCUGGCCAAAUAUGGUGUGGUCAACGGUUUGUCAUACAACACCGACGGCUCUGGUUCUGUUCUUAUUUUCGAGAGCAUUGGCUUCAACAACGAGAAGGGCGGUACCUCGCUCAACAUGACGGGUCGUCUUGGUGAGGUUUUGAUGGAAAGUGCCAAGAUUGGUAUGACGUUUAUCAAGAACACCUUGUACAAGGGUUUGUGGAACAUCGACAAUGCCAAAGAGAUGCUCGAGAAGCUCAACAACCUUGAGAUCCACAUGCAUGUGCCCAGUGGAGCCGUGCAAAAGGACGGCCCUUCUGCUGGUAUCACGAUGGCGCUUUCCUUCCUUUCAUUGUUGCUUGAAAAGCCUGUGCCACUGAAUAUCGCCAUGACAGGUGAAAUCACGCUUAGAGGACUUGUGUUGCCUAUCGGCGGUCUCAAGGAGAAGAUGCUUGGCGCACAUCUCACUGGUCAGAUCCAGAAGAUCAUCGUUCCACGUGAAAACAGAAGAGAUAUCAUCGAGGAGUACGUCCAGAAGAUCAACGAUUCGCUGAAGAUGAACGAGCUCUUGAGGGACAACCAGGAGGUGAACUUCAAGAACAGCACUCCGGAGGACUACUUUUACGACAAAUACGGCGUUCGGGUUGUGUAUGCGAAGGAGUUCUGGGACGUGAUCAAGCACGUCUGGGGCGAGGAGCUCUUGGUGAAAGUGGAGGAGGCGCGUAUGGCCGAGUACCACUUGUGA